CUUUGUUGCAUAUUGACGUUAUCCACCGUGGGGAAUAUUUUUCCCGAGUUAGAACGAAUACGGGUGAUAAACAGUUUCAUUUCUGAUCUUGAAUACUUACCACUGAGGAAUACCCAGCCUUGAUUCGAAAUUCCUGGAUUGGCCAUACAUUAAAACGAUUGCCUUUUGAUAUUUAAUCCGUCUGAGAAACUCGAAUUCGCCGAAUAAAUUAAAUAAACAUGGAUCUUUCAGAAUCAGGAGGGUUCCUUCCAGAUGCUCUUCCCUCCCCCUCCCCAAGCACUACUUCAGUCAGCUCCACCUUGUCCAAUUUACCACAGCCACGUGCGAAACCUCUUCGUGCUGGAUCAGGAAAAGAACAAGCUGCAAGGCGCUAUGUUGAGAACAGGCUACUCCACAUCUCGAGGCGAUACACUAAAAAAUUCGAGGAACCUGAAGAAGGAGAUUCGGUAAUCGGCUAUGUAAGUAUGAAGGAGGUAGCUAAGGAUCUUUCCGAGAUAAUAGAUGUGUUGUGGCUCUCAAGUACACCGAAUUUACAAAUUCCGUACUUGCUAAAUGUGGCUCUGGUAAUGACUACAUAUCCAACAAAGUUCCCUCCAGCGCCGGUUGCAACCUUUGCUGUUCUGAGAAAACUGGAUCAUGCAUUUGCUAGCUUACUGAGAGGAGAAGACUCGAUUACUGGGGAGACCUUACCGGUUGAAGAUACCAGAGUGAUGAUCGUAGACGUCAUGAGUAAGGAAGUUGAACCAGAGCUCGAACCUGAGAGCGGCGUCGAAGACAAUGGUGACAACGGAGCCGACGGUAUGAAUUUGGAUGAGGAGGACGACUCGGAAUACGACAAUGAUGAGCUUGCCAUGGAUAUUGCUAGAGUUUAUGAGGCAACAAUCAUGGAGCUCGGCGAAAGGCUGGAAAGUGGUCCUAACAUUGGAAUUGGGCACAACGAUUCAUGA